AUGCUGGCCUCAUUUUCGCGACCACAACGGCAACCUCUCCGAGUGUUGAUAGACUCCUCGUUUCCUCUACCUUAUCGUUCGACCUCCCCUGAACCUACAUCUUCUCUUUCAUCCGAAUCCAGUUUAACGACAUCGGAUCUGACGCCCAGCACAGGCGACCCGGAGGGGUUCAUCUGCAACGUGAUAUGUAUGUUUGACUUCGAGUCAGACGAUCCAGAUCAUCUCUCGUUCACUCGCAGUGAGAUUCUCACCGUUGUGAAGAUGGAGGAUUCAGGCUGGUGGGCUGCUAUGCGUCCCGAGGGGGACCGUCUCGGGUGGAUUCCAAGCUCUUUCGUAGAGCGUCUCACAGAAACAGCCGUAGAAGAGCCGGAUAGAGGACUCUCUGAUUCGGAAUGUAUACAACUCGGGGACAUAUUGAAUUCUAUGUCAGAUGUGGCGAAGCCCCUGUUGCUACCCAGUAACCAGUUGCGUCGUGAGGAUUCACGAAGGAGCAACCAAAUUUAUGACUCUUUCUUCAGCUUGCCUGAUGAUGAACCGCCGCCACACGGUUUAACCCGUUCUUCCCCUUAUCCUUUGCACAGCAUGUCACAACCCUUGGUCACUCCGCCCAGUCCAGUGUCCGAAGUUCCUCAUAAACCACCCGGAAACCUCGACAACCUACAAUUGUCAUGCUUCAGUAUUGAUUCAGAGCGCUCUCUUCCAUCAUCACCUUAUCCCCGUCGCCCCCGUCGUCUAGCGGUGCUUGUUAAUGACCACGAAUCCUUGUCGUGCCUUUCUGCUAUGAUCGACAGGGAACAUUCGCCUAGUUUCCAUGCCCUUGACAGUCCGCAUGUGAAAGAGACGUUUGACUUAUUCAACAGGAGGUGCACGGGAAGUUGA